AUGGAGUAUUAUGACGACGAUGACUACACGCACGCCUCUCCAGGACUCACUCCGUUCCAACCUGAUCUAGGGGAUUGCUCACCACUACCAUUUGCGCCCUUGUGGUUACCCCAAGACACUUGCGAGGCACCUUUGGACCUCAUUCACGUCGAACGCACUGGCAAUGGCCGGGAAACGCGACGAAAGCUGCAUAAGAUGUACCGCAGUGAAGCUCCGCCAACUGAAUGGGAAUUCAUGGACAGUCUACUUUUCCAUCAGAUGGCCCCUGAAAAUCCGCAACUCACAUUAUCACUUGGUUUGGAUGGUCCUUUACCAUCCGACAGUGACAGUGACGCUGAGACAUUGUCUGACGACGCAGCCUGGCGGCUCACAUCUGACUCUCUUCCAGAUUAUUCAAUCGUUCCGAAAAGGGCACGUAAACCAAGGAAAGCUCGCUUGAGUCUACCCAUCACGAUUCACAAACAAGGCAUCCUGGCUACCGUACUAGCGUGCGCAGACACGGGUUCCGAUGUCAAUAUCAUAUCACAUGAAGUCGCGAAAACAUUGGGAUACUCAGAGUACGAGGCUUUACCAGAAAAGAAGCAGUUUUCGCUAGCCAAUGGCAAGCUGAUUGAAGCCAUUGGCCGCAUCGAGUCGCCCUGCUCGUUCGGUGUCGAGACCAGUUCGUUGGUGACAAUGACAUGUGCGUUCUACGUCCUGCUCAAAUCUGCGACACCUAUUAUCAUGGGCCAGAGUUUCUUGGAAGAAACAAAAACGAUGACCGAAUACAGAGAACGUCUUGUACGCGUGCCAACACCAGCGUUCCAGGCACUUUCCGUAUAUUCCGUCGGCAGACCACGCCGGUUACUGAAAUGCGAGGUGGACCGUAGGGAGACACUAGCGACACCAGACUCGGGCUCGGAAAUCGACCUAAUAUCGCCUUCUUUUGUGGCCGAACGUGGUCUUACAGUCUAUCCGGGAGAAGAAGCAAUCCAGCUAGCAGACGGUAGUAUAGCAACUACUUCUGGAUACGUCCAUGUUGACAUAGCAGUCACAUCGAUCAAUUCGUGGAGACCACUGAACCAUCCUAAGAGAAAUGUCACAGUUGAUCUGUUCUUGCUGGAUAGUUUAAAUCAUGACCUCAUUGUAAGCGAAGACUCGUUGGAAGAGCUCAAAGUGUUCACCCAUCACCAAAGUGCUCUCAUACUUGCGCCUCAUGACUCUGGACCUCUAGGGAUCAACCGUAUCCGGCAUCUCGGGGCAAUAGAUCGCAUCAUCUCCUGGAUCAAGAAGAAAAUCAAAAGUUCUGGCUCUGAAAAUGACACAAACAUGGACAUAUCUUCCGAUCUCCAAGCGGUAGAUCAACGUGAGAAUGAUCGCAGAGAGCGUGAAGCAGCUCGGAUCGCGAUUCUGCCAAAUGACGAACAGCAAGCCGCUAUAGAGGCUGAGGUGGUUAGACAAGAAGCCUACAAAAGUCGACUUCGACUUCCGAAUUUCCCCCUCAACGGGGCUAUCGAUCCAGGGACACCACUGCCGCCGCCCAACUCAAGCCUACAAUCCACCCCAAACAUAACGGGCAUGUUUAGAUGCCACCAUCCUGACUGUACAGCUGCACCUUUUCAAACGCAAUAUCUCCUCAAGUAUAUCAGGCCCAGCAUAUCUAUGAUCUUGACUAACGAGUCCAGCUCCCACAACAACGUACAUGCGUCGAACAGGCUACAUUUUUGCCCAGUUGCUGGUUGCCCUAGAGGCGAGGGCGGGAAAGGCUUUAAAAGAAAGAAUGAGAUGAUUCGCCAUGGUCUUCUUCACCAAAGUCCAGGAUACGUUUGUCCAUUCUGCCCUGACAGUGAGCGCAAGUAUCCGCGACCGGAUAACCUCGAACGGUAUGUCAAGAUCAAAACCUAUCCUGCCACUUCAGAAGCUUUUUACUGA